UUUUGAUAACUCUGGUAUCUGGGCAGCCACAUUCCCAACUAUCCUCCGUAAGGGGUCCAGCGCCCCGUCGGAAGGGAUGUUUAAUUUUAUCAGUUUUUAUAAAAGGAAGAGAAAUUAUUAGCAGAUCCGAUCAAGGUGACAGUUUCUUUAACGUGGGUCUUCGACAGACGGUUGCUAAAUUAAUACUAAUACAUACUACAUAUAAAAUCCAAACUGAUAAAAUUAAUCUUAUUAUAUCUGCGAGUUUCACAUAAAAUAUGAUAUAUAUAUAUAUGUGCGUAAUCUCAUGCACGUUCUAUCUUUGUGGAGAAAUGCAUAUAGAUCUAGGUAUAAUUUAACAUAUAUUCACGUCUUCCAUGAUAAAUAUAUAAUCAAUAUAGGCUACAUAACUAUUAUGAGUCUUUAGCCUUGCUCUUUUUUAAAACUUAUGGUUAAACAAGUAACUAAUUAAAACAAAAAUCUACCAUGGUCAUACAAUAUAUAUAUAUCCACUGAAUUAGGUAGGACGGAAAGUCAACUUUCAAUAAACUAGUUUACUUGGUAUUAAUCAAAACACCUUACAACAUUAUUGAAUAAUUGUAGGUAGAGUGUGAAAUGAUUUUUUUUAAAUCAAAAUUAUUGAAUAGUCAGGUAACAUGAUAUUCAGAAUAUAUAUAUUUUACAUCAUUACAUGGCAUAAUAAAGUAGAAAAUAUUUGUAUUCCUAACAAUUGUGAAUCUGAUCAUGUAAUAUUUUUUUGGCAUAUAUAUUCUCACCAAAAGGGUUUCCUGGUAUAUGAUUCAAAAAGUUGUGCGGGCCUGCCUUGAGAAAAUGAAAGCAAGACAAAAUUAAAUAAAAACAUAUCCAUCCGGUGUCAAAUAAAUUAUGAUUGUUUGACAAUAAACAUGAGAAUAAAAUUUUAAUUUAAUUUGUAGUCUCCUCUAUAUUUUCUUCCUUGUUUGUGUUUUAUCAAAGUUGGAUAUAUCACAAAUUCACAAUCAAAAUCUGAAACUGAAGUAUAGGCCAACAAUUGAAAAGGAAAGAAAAAGUACAUAUACCAAAACAGAAAAUAAACCAAAAAGAGAGAGAGAAAGAAAGAGAGUUUAACUGCCCGUGUCUCUCUCUGCCACAAGACUUGAGUUUUGUCAGCGUUUUCAUAAACUUAUAAAGUUUCAUCAUUCAAUCUUUGUCUUCAUCUCUCUCUUCUCCUCUUCUUUCUCUCUUUGGUCACUCUCUGUUAAUAUCCGAAACAAAGAAGAAAAAAAAAACAUCUUUCUUUCAAACCGUGUUCUGUUCGCGUAAUCAUCAUAGUUGUUAAAAAAGAUUCCUCUUUGAAAAAAGAAAAAACAGAACAAGAGGUUUCAACUUUGGUCUCAUCUCAAUUCCUCCGCAUGAUCAUCGAUUUUAUAGGUCUCCGACCGGUUUGAUCUGAAGAAUCAGGGCUUGAAUCAAUUUAGGACAAGCUCUGUUGUUGUUUUCCAUAUCACCAAAAAAAAAAUAUGGCGGAAAGGGUAGAAACAUCUGUUCCAGAAGGAGAGAACACGAUAGAAGAAAGACAUGUAGGAGCUAUGUGGGAACUAGAGCAGAAGCUUGAUCAACCCAUGGAUGAAGAAGCUACUAAGCUCAACACCACGCACAGAGAUAAGAACAAGUUGUCGAUGUUGAUGCUACUGAGACUAUCAUUCCAAAGUCUAGGCAUAGUUUACGGAGAUUUAGGGACUUCACCACUGUAUGUGUUCUACAAUACAUUCCCUGAUGGGAUUGAAGAUAGUGAAGAUGUAAUCGGAGCUCUUUCUUUGAUCAUUUACUCUCUUUUGCUUGUUCCUCUCAUCAAGUAUGUCUUCAUUGUCUGCAAAGCUAAUGACAAUGGUCAAGGUGGGACUUUAGCUAUAUACUCGUUACUUUGUAGACAUGCUAAAGUGAGUCUAAUCCCGAAUCACCAGCGCAGCGAUGAGAAUCUCACUACUUAUAGUCGAACUCUACUCCCUGAAGGGUCUUUCUCUGCUAAAACAAAGAAGUGGUUAGAGGGUAAACAUUGGAGGAAGAGAGCUCUUCUUGUCAUUGUUCUUCUCGGGACUUGUAUGACCAUUGGUGAUGGUAUCUUAACCCCUGCCAUCUCCGUUCUUUCAGCUACUGGUGGGAUCAAAGUCAACAAUCCAAAGAUGAGCAGCGACAUCGUUGUCCUUGUGGCUAUCGUCAUCUUAAUAGGACUAUUCAGUAUGCAACACUACGGUACACACAAAGUAGGCUGGCUCUUUGCACCUAUCGUCUUCAUUUGGUUCCUCUUCAUCGGAGCCACUGGUAUAUACAACAUAUGCAAACACGACACAAGCGUUUUAAAAGCGUUUUCACCAACAUACAUCUACUUGUACUUCAAAAGACGAGGACGUGAUGGUUGGAUCUCUCUCGGUGGCAUUCUCCUCAGCAUUACAGGCACAGAGGCACUAUACGCAGACAUUGCUUUCUUCCCGUUACUAGCGAUACAGCUCGCUUUCACAUUUUUCGUCUUCCCUUGUCUUCUUCUAGCAUACUGUGGACAAGCUGCAUAUCUUGUGAACAACAAAGAUCAUUACCAAGAUGCUUUCUAUGCAUCUAUCCCUGAUACUGUGUAUUGGCCUAUGUUUAUAGCGGCGACAGGAGCUGCAAUCGUUGGGAGCCAAGCUACAAUCUCAGGGACUUAUUCUAUAGUCAAGCAGGCUGUGUCUCAUGGUUGUUUUCCACGUGUUAAGAUUGUUCACACUUCUAAGAAGUUCUUUGGUCAGAUCUAUUGCCCCGAUAUUAACUGGAUACUGAUGAUUGGCUGCAUCGCCGUCACCGCUAGUUUCAAGAAUCAGAGCCAAAUCGGAAAUGCAUACGGAACUGCUGUUGUGCUGGUGAUGCUUAUGACCACGUUGCUGAUGGUGCUGAUCAUGCUCCUUGUGUGGAGGUGCCACUGGAGCCUUGUCCUUAUAUUCGCCGUCCUCUCACUGGUAGUGGAGCUUUCUUACUUCUCGGCAGUGAUCUUUAAGUUUAUUGAAGGAGGAUGGGUUCCACUCAUCAUAGCAGCCAUCUCUCUUCUUGUAAUGUCUGUUUGGCAUUAUGCAACGGUCAAGAAGUAUGAGUUUGAAGUUCACAGUAAAGUUUCAAUGAGUUGGAUACUUGGUCUUGGUCCUAGCCUCGGUCUUGUCCGUGUCCCUGGGAUAGGAUUAGUCUACACGGAGUUAGCUAGAGGUGUCCCUCACAUCUUCUCUCAUUUCAUCACUAACUUGCCUGCGAUUCACUCGGUUGUAGUCUUUGUCUGCGUCAAGUACCUUCCUGUUUACACCGUCCCUGAAGAAGAGAGGUUUCUUGUCAAGAGAAUCGGACCAAAGACAUUCAGAAUGUUCCGUUGCGUAGCUAGGUAUGGUUACAAAGAUCUGCAUAGGAAAGACGAUGAUUUCGAAACCAAACUGUUCAAUAAGCUCUUAUCAUUCGUCCAUAUCGAAACAAUGAUGGAGCCAGGUGCAAACUCAAGCACGUACAGCAGCGCAUACUCAGUCAACCAAACACAAGACGCCACAGAUGCAUUAGUCCAUAUCAACAACAACAACAACCACAACAGCAACAACAACAAUGAGAACAAUGAAAACAACAACAUGGAUAUGUUCUCAUCGAUGGUGGACUACACGGUAUCGACUUUAGACACCAUAGUUCCCGUUGAUUCGCCGCAUAGCAGGAUGAGUUUCAGGCAUAGCAACACUAUAGAAGAAGAAGAGGAGGAUGAGUUGGAGUUUUUGAAGACUUGUAAAGAGUCAGGGGUUGUUCAUAUAAUGGGAAACACUGUGGUGAAAGCAAGAAGUGGAGCAGGGCUUCCCAAAAAGAUUGCGAUUGAUUAUGUUUAUGCGUUUCUUGCUAAGGUUUGUAGAGAGAAUAGUGUUAUCUUACAUGUUCCUCAUGAAACCCUUUUGAACGUUGGACAAGUCUUUUAUGUUUAGUUUUGUUCUCUUAUUUUUUUGUAAGACAGUUUCAGAUAAAAUGGAAUCAAAGGAUACCAAUUUAAAGGUUA